GGUUACUUGGUGAAAAAGUCUGCUGUACUAAUAAUAAGCAACGCAAAGUCAAUACCAAAGCAAGAAGCUAUCACAUAAAUUGGAAAUGAAUGAAUAGGUAAUGGAUUCUAUCAGUCAAAUUUCUUCGACGUCUCGUCUCCAUAUCACUUCUAACGCCUCGAAUCCUAAUAAUGCAUUGGCAACUUUCAAAGGAUUCUUGUCAAGUUUGUUUGUCCUUUUAAUGUUCAGUGUUAUCAUUGUUACCAUUAUAAUCGUGGAACCGGGCCAUUUAACUGGAAAUGUUACAUCGUUGAUUAUCAUGAGACCUGAAAGGAGAAUGACUUACAAUUUGACACAAUCUGAAGCAUCUUUUGAUUUUAGAAAAGGCUCGCAUGCGUACGGUCAAGCAGGAGGUGUCAAACACUUUCUGUACGGUAAGCUUCCAGAAAUGGCAACACAUAGAUUGACAGAGCCAAGCCGAGCACAGGCGAACUACUUAAGCUACGAAUGUGGGAAACCUGAUUUGAACACUAAUGAAAAUGAAAUUGUAGAAACAGGCCGUUACCAGAACGCAACGUGGAAUAAAUUUCCUUGGACGGUUCGAAUUGUUGUGAAACCAAAAUCACACGAAGGUCUCAUUAGUGUUUGCAGCGGAAGUUUUACUACGCAACAAUGGGUUCUAACAGCCAGGCAUUGUUACGUGCACGAUAAAGAUUUUAAGUUUUUAGUGAUGAUACCAAAUCAAGAUGAAACGCCAGAAUUAAUUGAGAUUGAUUCUGUACACCCCUAUCCUGGAUACGACGACAUUUAUAAUCAAAAUGACUUCAUGUUAGUUAAGCUAAAGCAUUUCCCGAAAACACCAACCCGUACCAUUUGCAUGCCGAAUAUUGACGUCAUACCUGCUACUGGUCGACUGUGUGUAAUCGCAGGAUGGCCUGGUGGCUACAUAGACUCAUCAAAUCUUGAGAAAAUGUGGGUAGAACUGGAAGACCCGAACUCCUGUCAGUCGAGGUACUGUGGUAUCAAAUAUGACGUGAACAAGAACAUUUGUGACAAAACAAUGCCACGGAGACAGGACCUUCCCGUAGACGAAGAUCACUGCCAUGGAUUUUCAGGCAGCGCUCUUACCUGUCACGAGCAUGGUCGCUGGGUGGCGUACGGGGUGUUGAAUUGGAGCGGUGCCCGCUGUGACGUCACAAAAGGUCGUGGGUAUGCUCUGACGUCAACUCGGUUGGAUUGGAUAUGUUGUUUUGUAUUGCACAUUAAAUUGGGGCCUUGUCUGCAUAUAAAAUGCGGACAAAUGGUUUAAA